AUGACAACAGUUAAAGAGAAAAAUAUAAAAAAAGAGAAAAAGAAAGUUAAAGUUUUCAAUAAAUCUAAGAAAAAGCAGGAUCCAGAGUCUGUAGUUAUCAAGAAACUUACAGAUAAAUAUGAAACGAUUGAAUCCUCUGAAAUUACAAAGUUUGGAGAUUUUCCAUUAUCUGCCAAAACUCUUAAAGGGCUUCGUGAAUGUGGAUACCAUAAGCCAACAGAAAUUCAGAGAGAUACCAUAGGCUUGGCAUUGCAAGGAAAAGAUAUACUAGGUGCAGCUCAGACAGGAUCAGGAAAAACAUUAGCCUUCCUUAUUCCAAUUUUGGAAAUAUUGUUUACAAACCAAUGGACAUCAUUAGAUGGAGUAGGUGCCAUAGUUAUUACUCCAACUAGGGAACUAGCUUAUCAAAUUUUUGAAAUGUUGAGAAAAGUUGGAGAGCACCAUGACUUUUCAGCUGGGUUGAUUAUAGGUGGAAAAGACUUAAAAUUUGAAAGGAACAGAAUGGAUACUUGUAAUAUUAUUAUUUGUACACCAGGUAGACUUCUGCAGCAUAUGGAUGAAAAUCCACUUUUUGACUGUGUUAAGAUGAAGAUUCUUGUACUGGAUGAAGCUGACAGGUGCCUUGAUAUGGGUUUUGAGCAGACUAUGAAUGCUAUCAUUGCCAAUUUACCACCUAAACGACAAACACUAUUGUUUUCUGCUACUCAAACUAGAUCAGUAAAAGAUUUAGCAAGACUUAGCUUAAAAGAUCCUUCAUAUAUAAGCGUACAUGAAAACUCUCAAUACAGCACGCCAAAUGAGUUAUCUCAGACUUAUGUUGUUAGCAAUCUUCAUGACAAAGUGGCAGUGCUUUGGAGUUUUUUAAAAAACCAUCCCAAUAAGAAAAUUAUGGUAUUUUUUUCCAGCUGCAAGCAAGUCAAAUAUUUUUUUGAGAUCUUUUCCAAAUUGAGGCCAGGCACCAGUUUGAUGGCACUGUAUGGAACAUUGCAUCAGCUUCGCAGGAUGGCUAUUUAUGAAAAUUUUUGCCGUAAACAAUCAGCAAUAUUAUUUUGUACUGAUUUGGCUGCAAGAGGACUCGAUUUUCCUGAAGUGCACUGGGUCGUUCAAGUAGAUUGUCCCGAAGAUCCGGAAACUUACAUUCACAGGGUUGGUAGAACAGCCAGGUAUCACAGGGGAGGGGAGAGUUUACUUAUGCUACUGCCUAGUGAAGUAAAGAUGGUAGAGAAACUUACCGAAAAGAAAAUACCAAUAGAGAAGAUUGAAAUUAACCAGUGAAAUUAAAUAAUCCUGUUAGAAAAAUGGAAGCUUUUCUGGCAAAGGAACCGUCCUUAAAGGAUUCUGCUCAACGAGCCUUCGUUUCAUAUGUUAAGGCAGUAUUUCUAAUGAAAGAUAAAGAAAUAUUUGAUGCUCAAGCAUUAGACACAGAUUCGUUUGCGAAAUCAUUAGGUCUAGCAAUACCACCUAGAAUAAGAUUUUUACAAAGGAUGAAUGCCAGAUUGAAAAAGCAGAAAGAAGGGAAACAAAUUAGUGGCCUCGUUAAUAAUCAUCAAAAUAGUAAAAAAUAUUUUGAUAAUGAUAGUGAUAAUGAGGUAAAUACUAAUAAACAAAUAAGAGAUGAUUCAGAUGACAGUAAUGUGAGUGAAGGUGAUGAUACCCUUAAAGCGAGUUCUGCAUCAAAUCCAUUCCAGCUGUCAGAUAACGAGAGUGACAAUGAAGAUGACAACAUUUUUACGGUAAAAAGAACUGAUCAUGAUAUUGAACUACCUACAGAGAAGGAAAUGGCUGAUUUACACAUAGGCAGAAGUAAAAACAAAAAACCUGUUAGUAAAGCUGCAGCUGCCAAAAAAAUAUUGAAGAAACAAAUAGUACCUAACAAGAAGAUAGUCUUUAACGAAGAUGGAGAAGCACUGCAAAGUUCGAAAUCGAAAAAGUCGGAACUAGCCCAGCAGUAUGAAGACGAGGAUGAAGGUGGAAUUGACAUUGAAAAGGCUAAACAGGUGUUACGAGAAGAGGAUAAGUUUGAUAAACAGUUGUUCAAAGAAAAAGUGAAGGCCAAACACAAAGAAGAAAAAAGAAAAUUAAAGGAAAAGAAGAAAAUGGAGGAGGAGGAAGUACGUGACCACUUUGGCGAUAGUGAUAGUGAAGGAGAUGAACCAGAUCUGUCUUGGUUACCAGAUCCUAAUAAAGUUUAUGGUGAAAAAAAGCAAGAAGAAAUUGAUCAAUUGGGGGAUAAUUUUAAGGAAGACCAUGAUAAGAGAUCUGCCACGAAGACGUCAAAUAAAAACCAAGAAAAAGGAGCGAAAAAGAGAAAAGCUGAACAAGAACCGGAUAAGAAAAAGAAAGUUAAUAAUAAGAAGCAAAAAAUAAAAGAGAUAAGUUCCAAACUUUCUGUAAAUGAAGCUGAAGAAUUGGCGAUGUUGUUGUUAAAUAAGAAUUAA